CCGUUCUGUGCCCUCUCUGCUCCAUUUCUCCCCGUCCCGUCCCUCCCGCGUCGCAUCGCAUCACCACCGCCUCUCGCUUUCCUCUCCCUCCAUCCCUCCUGCGUCCCCGAGGCGCGGGCGACGGCGACGACGACGACGCGAACCCCGCCGCCGCCUAGGCACAGUUGCUGAGCAUUUGGGCAGUCAGCUAUAAGCAUAUCUGGCCUACUGUUGUUUGAUUCUUACUGAACUUUGGUCAAUUGGUUGGAUGAAAGUGUUUGUUGGAUAUUCACGGAUCUAAAUUGUCACCUCUUCGUGAUUAAGUAGCAUCAUUUCACAUUCAGCACUGGGAAAUGGAUCGUAAUGAUACUUCAGGGUUUGUUAGUGGAGGAUGCAAAGAUGUUGAGGCCUACUAAUUACUCUAGGUUUUCUAACUUCGUAGCUUUGUUGACAAUUAUUUAACCCGGAAGUGAGGCCAGCUGGUACUUUCUCAUAAGUUUGGUGGACUCUAGGAGCAAUGGAACCCAGAGAUGGGCAUUCAGCAUUCACCAUAAGUUUCUCGAAUCCAAAUGGCUUUGUGAAUCAGCGUACUGUCGUUCCAGCAGCCAGUCAUCCAGGAGCUGGUUCUAGCCAACCUGAUGUGCUUGCUCCGAGAGGUUACAAGAGAAAGUUGACUGAAUUGGCUCUAUGUCUGGGCGACUCAUCAAGCUCAGAUAGCAGCAGGCAGAGCAUGGGUACUGGCUGCACUGUGUCUUCUGCCAGGGGAAGUGACGAUGGCUCGUGUAUGGACUAUGACAUAAAUUUUCAGUUAUCUCUUGGCAAUGAGGGUACUUCCAAGCUGCAUAAACAGGCUUGUGAUUCUAGGAGGGCUUUUGAGAAGCCUGGUUUGGAUCUUAAGUUAUCUUUGGCACCAUCUCAAUCUGGGGUAACUGAUGCAGACCUGAUUAGAACCCCUGCACUUCAGGACACAUUUGUGCAUCCACAUAUUAUGGCUUUAGUGCCAACAGUUGAUGAAGGAUCUACAUCUGCUCGACGUCCAUAUGGAGGCAUGGUGCUUUCUUUUCUUAACCAGGCUGAACAAUUGGCAGGGUUUUCUCUGAGCCAAGCAUUUCCAGUGAGCUCUAAUCAGGUUCAAGGUCCAGCUCCUCCAACACCAACAGUGGUCCAACAGCCAAAAAGUCCAGCAGCCUGUUCUUCCGGGUUUGUCCAUUCACAGCAGCGUAGCAGUUGCACAAAGGUUUGUUCAUACCCAGGAUGUGUAAAAGGAGCCAGAGGUUCAUCAGGGCGAUGCAUUGCCCAUGGUGGGGGUAGAAGGUGCCAAAAGGAAGGCUGCAACAAAGGAGCAGAGGGCAAGACUAUUUUCUGUAAAGCUCAUGGAGGGGGGAGGCGCUGUGACCAUCUUGGAUGCACGAAGAGUGCUGAAGGCCGUACUGAUUACUGCAUAGCCCAUGGCGGUGGACGGCGUUGCAGUCAUGAAGGGUGCAAAAGAGCAGCACGAGGGAAAUCCGGCCGCUGUAUCAAGCAUGGUGGCGGGAAGAGGUGCCAAAAGCCAAACUGCACAAAGAGCGCUGAAGGGCGGUCAGGCAUGUGCAUCGCUCACGGUGGUGGUCGCCGCUGUCAGCAUAAUGGUUGUGGCAAGGGAGCUCAGGGCAGCACUAAUUUCUGCAAAGCUCACGGUGGUGGCAAGAGAUGCACACAUCCCGAGUGUUCCAAGGGAGCAGAGGGGAGCACACAAUUCUGCAAGAGCCAUGGAGGUGGUAAACGCUGUUCAGCUGAAGGUUGCACGAAGAGUGUGCAUGGCGGGACCCAAUUCUGUGUCGCGCAUGGAGGAGGCAAGCGGUGCGUGGUAGAAGGGUGCAAGAAGAGUGCAAGAGGCCGCACCGACCGAUGUGUUGGUCACGGUGGGGGUAAGCGAUGCCAGUCCACCGGCUGUGGGAAGAGUGCGCAGGGAAGCACUGAUUUCUGCAAGGCACACGGUGGAGGCAGGCGCUGCUUGUGGGGGCAUCCGGGUUCAGACCUCGGAUCUGGUGGCACUCCUUGUGACCGUCUUGGAAGAGGCAAAAAGGGCCUGUGCGAUCAUCACAACCCGCUGGUGAACGACAACAGUGUCCAUGGGGGUGUAUCAUUUGGUGCUUUCAGUAUUGUCAGCGAUGCCCUUUCUCACGGAGCUAGUCCUCCAAGCACUGGAACAAGCAUGCACAGCUUCUUCAUGCACCCAGCAGAAGCUCCUCGCCAUGCACCAGCCUCAGCCCAUGAGGGCCGCGUGCAUGGUGGUAACUUUAUGCCCAUGCUUGGUGGUGUGAGCCUAGGGAAGAAACCCGCCAACAACACUGAUGCUAGCACCUCCACAACUCACAACUGGAAAUCUGCAGCUAACAUGGAAAAGCCUAGUAGCUCUGCACGACGCAGCUGGCUGUAAUGCCAGAGUUCGCCGCCAGCCCUCCCAUCCCGGUUUGCUCCGUCAUUUCAUCUGGAAAGCAUCUCCCAUGUCCUCUGGUGUCAAUUCUAUGUAUUUGUGUGAUUAUGUGAACUGUCUGUGAUAAUUGGUCAGGACUGCUUUGUUGAUCGUUUCCCUGGUCGUGUGUGCUUUGUAAGUGGUGUGGUCGUGUGUGUUCUGUAAUAGUCGUGUUGUAUGAAUUGUGCAAAGAAACCCCUCAUCAUGAUAUAAAUAAAGGAGGGGGUUGCGAUAAUAUAAGCUAAGGGUGCCUUUGGUUGGGAA